GGACACACAGAAAGCACCGGAGAGGAAGACGGGAGUCAGACAGAGGGUGAUUAGAGCACUCGGCAGACACAGGUGGUGCUCUGUGGUAUCUGAUCGAAGAACCGUAAACAGAACAAACCAUGAAGAACGAAGGCAUAGAGGGGACGGAGAGGUUUCUGAGCCCGGACAAAGGUAGAGGCCUGCGGGCAGUGAGGCACUUCGCGGUGGGGGAGCUGGUGUUCGCGUGCCCUGCCUACUCCUACGUGUUGACAGUGAAUGAGAGGGGAGCGCACUGUGAGCACUGCUUCACCAGGAGAGAAGAUCUUUUCAAGUGUGGCAAAUGUAAGCAGGCCUACUAUUGCAAUGUGGACUGUCAGAGAGGUGAUUGGCCUAUGCACAAGCUUGAGUGUGUAGCCAUGUGUGCCUAUGGAGAGAACUGGUGUCCAUCAGAGACUGUCAGACUGGUGGCCAGAAUUAUCAUGAAACAGAAAGUCACAACAGAGCGCACCCCUUCAGAAAGACUGCUACUACUCAGAGAGUUUGAGGCCCAUUUAGAUAAGAUGGACAGUGAGAAGGAGGAGAUGAACCAGGCGGACAUUGCAGCGCUGCAUCACUUCUACUCCAGACACAUCAGUGACCUCCCCAAUGAACAGGCUCUCACUGAGCUCUUUGCACAGGUGAACUGUAAUGGCUUCACCAUAGAGGAUGAGGAACUCUCCCAUCUGGGAUCAGCUGUUUUUCCUGAUGUAGCACUGAUGAAUCACAGCUGUAGUCCCAAUGUCAUAGUGACCUAUAAAGGCACAGUGGCUGAGGUCAGAGCUGUUCAAGACAUAAACCCUGGAGAGGAGAUCUUUAACAGUUACAUAGACCUGCUGUAUCCAACAGAGGACAGGAAAGAGAGGUUGUUAGAUUCCUACUUCUUUACAUGCCAGUGUACUGAGUGCACCACCAAGUCUAAGGACAAGGCGAAAAUGGAGAUCAGGAAGCUGAGUUCUCCACCAGAGCCAGAGGAAAUCCAAUCUAUGGUCCGUUAUGCCAAAAAUGUCAUCGAGGAGUUCAGGAGAGCCAAACACUACAAGACCCCCAGUGAGCUGCUGGAAAUGUGUGAGCUCAGUCAGGAGAAAAUGGGGGCUAUAUUUGCAGACACCAACGUCUACAUGCUGCACAUGAUGUAUCAGGCCAUGGGCGUCUGUCUCUAUAUGCAGGACUGGGAUGGAGCUAUGAGCUAUGGAGAGAAGAUCGUUCAGCCAUAUAGUGUACACUACCCAGCCUACUCUCUGAAUGUGGCGUCUAUGUAUCUGAAACUGGGACGUCUGUAUUUGGGGCUGGAGAAGAAGACACAGGGAGUGAGGGCUCUGAAGAAGGCAUUGGCCAUCAUGGAGGUGGCUCAUGGGAAAGAUCACCAUUAUGUAGCCGAAGUCAAGCGAGAAAUUGAGGAGCAGAAAUAAAGAAGGUGUAGCUGAAGGAGCAAAAAGAUUAAAGAGAGAGCCUCUGGAGUGAGGAAUCUCUCUAAAAGCAACAACAAUACCCAUCACAACUGCAUGGCAUGCAUCUCAUACCUCUGUUUUUCGUUUCCCACUCUGUCAUUUUUCCUGCCUCUCCGUAGGCAGAGUCUCUUUUUUCAUGUCUACCGUCAACCUAUUCUGGCAGAGGAUGACCACAUUUUGUAUCUGCAGCAGCCUACGUUCUGUCAGACCUGGACUUAAAAGCAGACAAAUUAGGAUUUUUGGAAUCUAAAAAAAUGAGAUAGUGAACUACAUUUGAAAAUGUUGGUUUCUCUGUGUUGAAGAUCUUUAAACCCAUUUGACACCCAUACUGUUAUUCAAAAAAAGAAUCAUGUCAGCAGAAAAAGAAACUUCAAUACUGCCUAUAAGGCUGCCUUUUGGAAGAAACAAAGCUUUCAUGUGACAGCUACAUGAGGUCCAUUGUGUGAAGUGAAUUUUUGCCUGGUUUUUCUCUCCUUGGAAGUCUGAAGUCAUUCUCUGUGUUCUGUGGACCCAUCAGCAGACCACAUGGCAACAGUUUUGGCUGCAUAGCUUUGCUCCAGAGCAGUUGCUCAUGACUAAUUUGUGUUAUGAGUAGUUGUUACAGAGGGCAUUAAUACUUAUUGCCUGCCAAUGUAUUUUAAUUCAGCAACAGAGCUUCUGGCUUCUUUGAUUCUUGUUUAAACUGUGAAAAAAAAAUCUGACUGACCAUGUAUCAGGUACUCUGUAGCAACGGAGAAGAAAAUGCAAAGAAUUAUUCCUGAAUGAAUAACCAGUGGUUUGAUUAAUUUGUCUUACAGUAUGUUUUGCUUGUUUUAAAGAACCAGGAGAAAUGUUGCAUGUUUUAUUGUUUAAUAUUGUGUGUUUGUAUGUGUUUUGUUUGUUUUUUUUUUUUCAUAUGAGGCUUUUUGACCAAAAGGGCCACGGGUUUAACAAGGAACCAGCUAUAAUUCUCUAUUCACAGUGUAUCCUUAAAAAAAGGGGUGCUGAUCUGAGACCAGCUUGCCUCUUAAGUCACAGUGAAGACAUUGGUACUAUAACCUGACCAAUGAUCCUGGAUCAGAGCCCCUUUGCUCUCAGGAAAAAAGGCGCAACACUGUAGCUUUUGUUGCCUUUUUGUACCUUUCUAGUGUUUGCUCAUUAAUACAAUGGAUUCAGAUUGACCCUGGGAAAUAUUGGUGUGCAGCAUGACUGGGUAGGACAUACCUUUUACAUUUUAUCGAAGUGAUAACAUGAGGGACUAUGAUCAUCCUCACUGUACACUUUAAACUCUAUAAUCAGCAUGAAUGAAUGAAAUAUUUCUUUCAAAGGGGAAUGCAUCUCCCUUUAAUCUAUACUUUAGUACUAAGUUCAUUUAUGUGCUGUUGUAAGCUCAAAGACUGAGAUGAUUUAAAUAACAUUAUAUAUAGACUAUAAUAUAAAGAUAUCCACAUGGCAACUCUCUAGGAAAGCAUUUUCUCUAGCAGGAAUGGGUACUCAAACCUCACAAAAAUCUCUGUCAGUGGUACAGUAGUCUAUAAUUACAAAAAUGGUGUUGAUGCCGAUGUUGGUCAUAAAUGCUGGAUAAGUGUCACUAGUGUAUUAUGGUUUUAAAUGACACCAAACCUCAAAUCAUUAGAAGGAAGAGGAGCAGUUACAGGUUGUGUAACUGUAGAUUUGACUAAAUCAGUGCAUAGAAAAAACAAGUUAAAGGUGACUGGGCAUACUGUCAUUGCUGUUUUAAAUCUAAGAUGUGCAGUGUGUAAGGUUUUAAAAAAUGAAAGUUAAGGCAAUGCAAAGAGCAUCACCUGGGCCUUAUCUGAGGACUCUUGCACUCAAAUUCUGCACAGUGUUGUGACAAAAUGAUGUCAAAAUGGCAGUUCUGUAAGCACAUUUUGUUUUAAUUUAUUAGUUUCUGUCAGUGAACAGUUGGCCUCCGUGCAGUCUUUACACCAUGUACUGCCAGAGGAACUGAGGUCACAGAUCUUAUUCCUCCUUUAUUUUCAAUACCUGUAGCUUCUCUCUUUUGUUUACUGGAUGCAGUUUUAUACACCACAUGGUUAGAAAUAGCCCAUUGUUAUGAGUUGCCUGUGGUCAUAAUUGUAGCAACUCCAGCACAGGUGACUCUUCUUAUCACCUACAAAAAUGCAGCUAGAAGUUGCCUGCCUUAGAGUUAAUCCAAAAGCACCAUUUCAACAACUCUGUUCAACGUGUUUCUUUAUUUUUUACUAAUGUUUUGACAAAGGAAAGACCAUAUGAGGGUUUGUAGUUGGCACAAGCAAAAAAAAACAUCUAAACCCUGUUGUUGCUAGGUUCAAGCAUUAAAUUUCUGGUCAGACACUAAGAAAAUGCACAUGAUUUAUUUCCUUUUUUCUGUAAUGUUAUAAACCUGUGGAACAAGGAUUAAAACAUUAAAAUCCAUAUACAUGCUGCAUGUAGAGAACCAGAUGCAGACUACCUGGAAGGCCAUCCACAUGAUGUUUUCAGCUGUUUCUGUAACUGUUACUUUAUCAGGCAUGAAUGUUAUUCUAAUGAAAUGCAUAACUAAAGUCUGAGCCUCUGAUUCUUUCUGUACCAUGUCAGUGCAACUCAAUAAAUGACAGUAUGGCA